AUGGCUUCUCAAGAUCGUGAUCCAGACGAGUUAUUUGAAAUUCGUACGAAUUUUUAUAUUGGUAAUUAUCAGCAAUGUGUAAAUGAAGCACAAAAAAUUAAAGUUCCACAACAUUUACAAACCGAAAAAGAUUUACUUAUGUAUCGAUCGUACAUAGCUCAAAAGAAAUAUGGUGUAGUCUUAGAUGAAAUUAGUAAACAAGUAUCGCAAGAAGAAUUAUUAGCCGUACGUUUGCUAGCUGAAUAUCUGUCGAACGAAUCGAAAAGAGAGAGUAUUCUUCAUGAACUCGAUAACAAAAUGGGUGGUAAUGUGAAAAAUUCAUUUUGUUUAUUGAUGGCUGGUUAUAUGUAUUAUUUACAAGAGAAUUACGAAAGCACAUUAAAAGUUAUUCACAACGCAGAUUCAUUAGAAUGUUGUGCACUGGCUAUUCAAGCAUUAUUAAAAUUAGAUCGUUUAGAUUUGGCUAGAAAAGAACUAAAACGUAUGACAGAGUUAGAUGAAGAUUCUGUUAUUACACAAUUAGCAACAGCAUGGAUUAAUAUUUCAACAGGAGGUGAAAAACUGCAAGAAGCAUUUUAUAUAUAUCAAGAAUUAUCUGAUAAACAUACCGCAACUCCUUUGUUAUUGAAUGGACAAGCUGUGUGCCAUAUUGGACAGGGAAAAUACGAGGAAGCUCAAAGUGUUCUACAAGAAGCACUAGAUCGGGAUAGUAACAAUCCAGAUACAUUGAUCAAUUUCAUAGUUCUUUCGCAAAACACUGGAAAAGCAGUCGAAGUAUCAAAUCGUUAUUUAUCACAAAUGAAAGAUUCUUAUGCUAAUCAUCCGUACAUCAAAGAUUUGACACAAAAAACAGCCGAACUUGAUCGUCUUGCACGUGGAUAUCAACCAUCUGUUGCUUCUUAG